CGGCGCCGCCGCAUCCGGGGCUCGGGCGGGCGGGUGACGUCAGCGCUAUAAAGGGCCGCAGCGCCUUUGUUCGCCUCCAUUGCGCAGUUGCGGCUCGGCGCGGGCGGAGGUCAUUUACGGCAUCAAAAUGGUUGAAGCAGAUCGUCCUGGGAAGCUGUUCAUUGGGGGCUUGAACACAGAGACUAAUGAGAAAGCCCUCGAGGCUGUAUUUGGCAAAUAUGGACGCAUUGUGGAAGUCCUUCUGAUGAAAGAUCGGGAAACCAACAAGUCCAGAGGAUUUGCCUUUGUCACAUUUGAGAGUCCAGCAGAUGCAAAAGAUGCUGCCAGAGAUAUGAAUGGAAAGUCAUUAGAUGGGAAAGCAAUUAAAGUGGAACAAGCAACCAAGCCAUCCUUUGAGAGUGGUGGUAGGCGUGGGCCGCCACCCCCUCCCCGAAGCAGAGGUCCUCCCAGGGGCCUUAGAGGCGCAAGAGGCGGAAGUGGCGCGAGAGGACCACCUUCAAGAGGGAGUCACUUGGGGUCUUCUCGAGGGCCACUUCCCAUGAAGAGAGGUCCACCUCCACGAAGUGGAGGCCCUCCACCUAAAAGAUCGGCACCUUCGGGACCAGUGCGUAGCAGUAGCAUGGGAGGAAGAGAUCUGGACUGCUUCUCUUCAGCUCCUGUGUCACGUGGAAGAGAUGGUUAUGGUGGUCCUCCACGCAGAGAACCAAUGCCAUCACGGAGAGAUGUCUACAUGUCUCCAAGAGAUGAUGGCUAUAGCACUAAAGAUGGUUAUUCAAGCAGAGAUUACCCCAGUUCUAGGGACACACGGGACUACGCGCCACCUCCACGAGACUAUGCUUAUCGUGACUAUGGUCAUUCCAGUUCACGUGAUGAAUACCCCUCCAGGGGAUAUAGUCUUUCCUCCUAUAGCGAUCGUGAUGGAUACGGUGGUGGACGUGACAGAGACUACUCGGAUCAUCCAAGCGGAGGCUCCUACAGAGAUUCAUAUGAGAGUUAUGGUAACUCACGUAGUGCUCCACCUGCACGAGGGCCCCCGCCAUCAUAUGGUGGAAGCAGUCGGUAUGAUGAUUACGGCAGCACACGAGAUGGAUAUGGAAGCCGAGAAAGUUACUCAAGCAGCAGAAGUGAUGUCUACUCAAGUGGCCGUGAUCGUGUCGGAAGACAAGACAGGGGUCUCCCCCCCUCCAUGGAAAGGGGCUACCCACCUCCUCGAGAUUCUUACAGUAGUUCAAGCCGCGGAGCACCCAGAGGUGCUGGCCGUGGCGGAAGCAGAUCCGAUAGGGGUGGAGGCAGAAGCAGAUACUAAAAACACUCUUAAACUUUUGGACCAAGACAGAUUACUUCUCAAACGUGGAAGUUGUUCUAUCUUUACUACCAGAGGACUACUAAAAGGAAAAGUUGUUUUUAACCUUUUUUUAUUGUUGCCUGUUAAGUUUUCCCCUCCAUGACUUUAUGCUUUUGUGAAGCAAAGUUCAAACAAUGUUUAAUUUCAUUUCAAAAUUGUUAACAUUUCUUUCAGAAAGCAGAUGUUAAAUGUAUAAACUUGAGCUGUGUACUAGUGUUGUAAUUUUCAAAGUAAAGUUUCCCUGAAAUGCCACACUUCCCAUCUGAUUUUCGUCAUGAAUGGAAAAAGCAGUUCUUAAGAUCUUCCACACAACAUCCAACCAUCUAACAUGGAGAUGGAUUGUUCUACAUGUUCAGCAUCUCAUUCUGAAAGUAUUGCUUGUGAUUUGGAGGGUGGUGGGGAUGAUUCCACACAAAGCUCAGUUGUGCCUAGAAUUUGAAGUCACAGUGUUCCCAGUACUAAAUGCCUUCAGAUCCUUGUGUAAAGGAAAAGAGGAUUUCAUUCACUUAAUCUGAAAAAGCAAGUGGAUAAUACUAUUUUCUGCCUUCCUCCUGUUUCAUAGGGAGUUUAAAAAGAUCUCCCUUCCAAAUAAGUCAUGUACAUUUAAGUCAGCUACAGACUACUGUUUAAAAAACAAACAAACCCCACAAACCAUUGACCAAUUCCAUCAAAGAAGCUGCAAAACGAUGCUUACUCAUACUGUUUCAAAUUUUUGCAACUCUGUAGUGUUUCACUUUUAAAGGAACAUCUUUGAUUCCAAAGGAGAAAAUAAGAUAAGCAAAGAAGUCUUUCUCUCCAACUUCUCAAAGGCUUAUGGCUUCCUAAAAACAAGUGAAUCUUUCAGCAUUCCACAGCUGAUUUAAAGCAUCAAAUGCCUGUGAAACAGCAAAGAUGUUGCAGGGUGAUAACUUCCAGAAGGUACCAUUGGAAUAUAAUGCUGGUUCAUCUGCGAUGAUGGCAGAGAUGAGUGGUGCCUGUGCCAGUGCAUAAGUUACGGUGCCUAGAAGGUGGCAGUGCAGCAGUGGAUAUGCUUUGGAAAAUGGAAGGAUAACAAAACACAACUGCUAACAGCCUGGAUUUUGAGUGUGGUGUUGCCCACCAUUUGUUCUAGAGGGUUAUGUUAGCAUUCAGGAGUUGCCUUUGAAAGUAGCACUACUAAUCUCUUGGAUAUACAGAAAAAUUCUGGUGGAAGCCAAGUGCUGUGUGCCAUAGCUGACAUCAUCCCAGAGUCCAGAGGGAGCCCACGGGCUGGUCAGCACACACACAGCAGUACGUUCUGCAGCAGAGAAGUACUUGGGUUGCCCUUCACACAUGUGCUUGCCAUUUAAUGCUGAAAAAAAGAGCAAGUUGUACAGAAAUUAGUCUUGGUCCUCUAAAACACAGAGGACUAAGGUGUUACAAGUUCUUCUUCACCAAGAAACCAUUAAAAAUUCUAUAUUCUUACAUUAACAGUUCUGUCCAGGCCUUCUGGAUGAGAGGAAGGAAGUGUUGAUAUACUGAGGCAAUGUUAGUGAUAAAUCCCCAGAAUAAUUAGUGUGGUGUAUGUACUCCAGACAGCACUGCAUCCUCCCUUGCAAGUAGGUGCUUUCUUCAAAACUUUGCCUAGGUUUUGAUGUGUUUUUAUCUUGGAUACAUGUUGUUGUGCCAGUGUUUGUGAGAAGAAUGCUCAGGCACUGGUACUUCACGUAGAAAACACUUAACUUCAGAUCGACUGAAGUACUUAAAACAAUCACUGAUAAUAAAGUUUAUACUGACUUUUGUGAUA